GAGCUGCGGUCGGCCCUGGUGGGCUGUGACUCUGGGAGCUCAGCCUCUCUGUGUGUGUGUGUGUGUGUGUAGCAUCCCUGGAGCUGCCUGCGCUGUCUGAACUGCAAGAAGCAGGAGGAAAACAAUGGGAUCUAAAGGGAGAGAGGGGGAGAGCGUGGUCAUGAGUGCCUGAGUGGAGAGCACAGCCAGAGGCGCAUCCUUCCCCCGCAACUGCUGCCCAAGUGGGCGCUCUUCAUCUCUCUAUCCUGAGGCUCCCCGGCUAUCAGCUGUGUAUGUGUUUUCCUUCCAAAUAAGGUCUAUUUUUACCCCCGGGCUCUGGGCCAUGUCUCCUGAGUCUCCGCCGGAAGCAGCAUCCUGGGAGCAGCCGAGCCGUGGCCCUGCGCCACCCGAGGCGCGAGACUGAGGCGCAGAUCGGAGACGCAGCACUGAGAUAAAGCGCCCCGACUCCAGUGCCACCCCCACACGGAGCCCGUUUGCUCAUCUUGCCUGUCUGCAGCGCUUCCUUCCCUCCCUCCCUCCCUCCCUCUCUCUCUGUCUCUUUCUCUCUCAUCUCAUCUCUUUGUGCAUCUCACCAUGGCGACAUCUACAGCUAUAGGACCUGACCUCCUCCUAACCCCCACCCCCAACCCCACCCUACUGCUCCUCUCCACGGUGCCCGGCACGCCCACCUCCCCUCCCGUGAGCACCGCGGGGCUUACGACAGCCGCGGAGAACAUCACGACCGCCGCCGCCGCCGCCGCCGCCACACCGACUGUCCCUCUGACCACCUCGCUGGCCGGCAACCAAACAGCCUUCAAUGGCACGGAGCUGCCCCAGGUGGCAGAGCAGGCGGCGGGUAUGGGCAUGGUGCUCGUGCCCUUCGGCAUCAUCACUGUCCUCGCCCUCCUGAUCAUCGUGCUGCUAUACGUAAGGAAACGAAAAAGGCUGGAGAAGCUGCGACACCAGCUCAUGCCUAUGUAUAACUUUGACCCCGGCGAGGAGCAGGAUGACCUGGAGCAGGAGCUGCUGGACCACGGGCGGGAUGGCAGCCCAGCGGGACCCAACGCCAAGACUCUGACAACGAGCCAGGGCGCGGCGCAGAGGCCCAGUCGUCUGGUGUUCACCGACGUGGCCGAGGCCAUCAAUGCAUAGUGCACAUAGACCUGACACACUGUUGGAGAAUGGUGAAAGGACUAAAGAUCUGAGAAGAUGGACUGAAGGUUUUCAAGCAUGGAGACCAGUUCCAGAUUUUUUGGUUGUGACUUUUUGGGGCGUCCUGAUGGGGAGAUGGAAGAUGGUUUGUUAUCUGUCCUUGUCUGGACCACAAAAAAAAAAAAAAAACCUCUCGUCUUCCAGUUAAAUAUAGCUUUUAUGUUAUGAACAGAGAAUGGUAUUGAGUUGAAUGAUGAAUGAUACAUGAAAAUGAUGUUAAUUUGAUGAUAUUUCAGGCUACAACAAGCAAUCCUUUCCUGAGUGUUGUUUCUUGUUUAUUAUAAGUGUAUGGGAGCAUUGCACUAUGUUACAACUUCUUUGUGUGGCAACUCACUGCUGGAUGGUUGGCAUCUCAACAGCUUUGUUGUAUUCAGUGUUUAUUUCCCUGUGGUCACUAUCUUCCUCUAAAUUAGGGCAUAGAAAAUACGACUUGAUGUCAACAACUGUGUGAAGAAUUUAGAAACCUCCUGAAAAGUGAAGUAAUCAUCAGAAAAUAUUUCCAUGGAUUAUGCCAGUAGCGAAGCGUAGGUGAUGACAUUCAAGUGUCCCCCUUUUAAACUGGAGUAGCUGCACCUACUGUCCUGCACACGCCAUGUAUGCUGGAGCUCCAGUGCUGGGCUUGGUAAGAUGACUGGGAUCAGAGUGCUGAAUUCUCAGGCUGACUUUUCAAAACGAGCUUUAAGCUCUGAACUAUGGCUUUGUAGCCGAGCAGAUUGUGUGGACUGGAUUCUUUUCUUUUGACCGUUCUGUUGUUUGGAUACACUGCUGCAUGCAUUUUAGGAUCUCAUUGAAUGUCCUGGGACCUUCAACAAACAAAAGAUGGCCAGGUGUGGAAAAGAAAUGUGAAUGAUAGCAGGAGCGACAGAAGAGUGCUGGGUCACAGGAAGAGAGAGAAAGAAAGAAAGAAAGAAAGAAAGAAAGAAUUUCCUCUGUCCCACCUGACUCACCUUUUCAAGGGAACCUUUGUGAGAAUCUAGUGUUUUAAAUAUUUACUUUUUUGACAAAGGGAAUAAACACAUGAAGAAAUAUUCUCUAAACUGUAAAUGCAGUGUUUUUGUUAUGACCUGCUUAACUCUUCCACUCUUUGUUAAAUGUAGGAAUCAGAUGUUUGACAUGGAUCAUUACCUUGAGAGGGCUGACAGAACAAUCAGCAAAAUUCCUUGCGAUUCUGUUGGAUAAUAAAUAAAUAGAUUUGAAAUAGA